AUGAGCAGGAGUGGCGGCGGCAGCGGGAGGCAACAACCCGAGGCCGCUUCUGCGGCCAUGCCCGUUCCGGGGCCCUGCGCCUCGACCCAUCGGGCGCUCGCCGAGUGCCACCGCCGCGCCUCCCGCGGCCCGCUGCAGCCGGAGGUGCUGUGCCGGCAUCUCAACCGGGCCCUGGCCGAGUGCGUGGUGACCAUGUGCUGCCCCGACCAGACCGAGGCCGUGCGCACGCUCUGCGGCAGCUCCGGCACCGCGCUCAAGCGCACCCAGUGCGAGCGCGCGCGCAUCGACCUCUCCCUCUGCCUCGAGGCUCAUCAAGAAGAAUGACCUGCACAAACCCCAGAACCAAUCUGAUCCGGUAUAUCUAUAGGUUUUUUUUGUUUGUUUCACGAUUUUCUGUCAGUUCACUGAAUUUUAUCAAUGUGGCCUAGUUCGGGAACACCCCUUUCUAUAUAGUGAGCGCAUAGAGUGUUGAAAUCGUGAUAGCUCUGUAGACAAGAUCUGUUUUUGUUUUAGGAUAGCUUCAAUUCCAAAGCAUGUGCUAUGAUCAUGAAUUACUAAUUACAUAUCAGAUGACAGUGUCCCUGCAGAAAAAAAAUCAGAUUACACUGGAUAAUAGAUUGGCAUGAUUCUGUCUUUUUGCCAAAAGAUGAAUCUAUCUUUCAUGUGCCCUUUUAUCCCUCUGUUUUCGCAUCAGCUCUAGCUAGUUUUCUCCAGGUAUUGUUGAUUACACUAUGUUAUUUGUAGGUUGAGGCGUGAACUCUUAGAUAGUUAGAUUGGUUCUUGUACCUUCAACAUAACUUGUUGUUGCAAAACCUUGUGCAGUGAAGCAUUCAUCUUCUCAUAUAAGCCAUGACAACAGGAGUGAACGUUGAUAUAUUUGUACUAUUGUAAAAGCUUAAAGGUCUAUAUAAGUUUACUUGACUCUAGUCUCAUGUAUCUUUUGAUGCUACAAGGAAAGAACAUGGAAACGUAUUUAUGGCGAAUUGAACAGUGAAAAUACAGCACAUGUCAAAAAACAGUGAAAAUACAGCAUUGAAGCAAAGUUUACUCUAGCCUUGAAAACCGGUUAACUAGUUGUUUUCCCACUAGGAAUGCUAAGGAUCUUGUAUCUUUUUUACCAAGUGUAUAUUCUCACUACCUAUAAAUAUCUUGUUUGUUUCGCAAAAAAGUAUCCUGUAUAAAUGUUUGUUUUGACAUUUUGCAUAAGUUUCAUUCCGCAUUCAGACAGGGUAGAACAAUUGUAAUCAAGGGCUCAAACAGUCUGCCGUGUAUUCUAGAGAAGAAAAAGUCCUCGCCCAUAGUAGGCGCAUUGUAGCUUCCUGCACUCAAGAUUGUUAGGGUCCUUGUGAGGGUAGUGAUGUUGCAGUUACCUAGAAAAUUGCUACAAAUGCAGCAGACAUUAGACUAUUAGAGGCAGAAAUAGUUCUAUGAGACAUCAAAAAAGUCAUUGCUGCAUUUUCUAUUCUCAGACGGACGAACAAGAAGUUUGAUUUUGUUGGCUGGUCAUGCACGUCUAUCAAUGAUUUCAUUGUAACAAAUGGCAUGCACUUCUAACGGGGGAUUUUACAAUUUGCCACACUUUUCUUUGCACUUCUAACAGGAGCGAAAGCCCGUUUCAAGUAGGAGUGUGUGCACGGUGCCUCUGUCUCGAUACCACUGUGAACUGUUAUGAAGGUUCAGGGUUUAUCGAAGGCGGGAAAAGAGCUUUUAGUUAAAUCAGUUCUGCAGGCCAUCCCUACCUAUUCGAUAGGCUGUUUUCAGUUGACAAAAGGGCAGUGUGACAAGCUGACAUCGAUCUCCUCGAGGUUUUGGCGGGGCGACGGUACUGACAAGAGAAAGGAUCUUUGGAUUAGCUGGGAACACAUAUGCUCGGCUAAGCGCAGUGGAGGAUUGGGAUUCCGUGAUUUCCAGGAUUUUAAUCAAGCUCUUCUUGCCGCGUGGAGGCUGACCACAUCCACAGAAUCCUUGUGGAGUCCUUCGCGGUAGAUAUUUGCCAGAGGGCGAUUUUAUGAAUGCCAAAUGUCUAAAAAGAGUGUCAUACACUUGGAAAAGUAUUUUGCAUGGAAGGGAUUUACUCAAGGAGGGCCUGGUGUGGAGUAGGAGAUGGUGAGAAGAUUGAUGUGUGGAAUCACAACUGGAUUCCUAGAUCAUCUCUACAGAGGCCGAUGGGGCAUAGGCCGGAUGCAGAAGUGGAGAAAGUGAAGCAUUUAUUGCUGCCUGGAGGUGCUGGGUGGGACAUUAGCAAACUGAAUGAUAUGUUCUUUGAGGCAGAUGUCAGUGCUAUUCUGAAAAUACCAGUAGGUCGGGCUGGAACUGAUGACUAUGUUGCUUGAAAUUACACCAAAACUGGGCAAUUCAGUGUUCGUUCGGCGUAUCACCUCAAACAGCACCUCAAGUGUAUGGCAGCAGGACGGCCGGGGUCUUCUUUGAACUGUACUGAACACCAAGGGUGGCUCUCUCUUUGGCUGCCAAUGUACCUAGCAAGGUUAAAGUUCACUGUUGGAGGCUGGCCAAGAACUGGUUAGCUGUUGGAGAGGAGCUGCGGAGAAGGAAUAUAAAACAGGGGGUGCGAUCUAUUGCAUGCAACAGGGAGAACUGAUCUUCCAUAGGUUUUGGUCCUGCCUGCACUCUUCUCGGAUCUGGGAGCUGCUUCGUGAGCGGACGUCGCUGUCCCUGGUUUCACCACGGAAUAAUUGCAGAUCGCAGGUGAGCUCCAAAGCUGGCUGCUGGGAUGCUUUGCUUCACUGAAAGAGAAGGAGCUGGGAGUGGUCAUGAUGGCCAUCUAGCACCUUUGGCUCGCAAGAAAUGAUGCCCCCGACGAACCUAUGUUUUAGGACCCUGACAGAACAUCGCCACGUGUUCUGGCUUUGUUGGAGGAGUGGCGUUCUCUGAAAACUCCUUCAUCUCGCCAGGAACCAAAGGAAGUGGAGCACUGGCUCCCGCCUGUCGCCUGACACUGGCUCGACACUGAAGAAGGCCACGGAGGUGGAGGUGUAAUCAUCAGAGAUCACCAUGGGGCACCUCUUGCUGGGGCUUGUCAUUUUUUCCCUCGGGUGACGGAUCCUGAGAGAGCUGAACUGCUAGCCUGCUGUCGCGAGGAAGAUGAGAGUUAGGAUCUGAGAGAUAUAUUGUGCAGGUAUUGUGGGCAAGCUAAGACAUGGAUCGGCUCAAGCCAUGGCCCUUUGGUCGAAGAAAUCAAGGCGCUGCUAAGCUGAGCUUGAGGCUUCUUCGGUUAAUCAUGUGCCUCGUGACACACAAGUUUGCGAAAGUAGGCUGCGUGAAUAAAUUAUGUAAUAGCUGGGUAGAGUCGUUUCCAGACUAUGUUAUGAACUUGUUGGCUCUUCAUAUGGGCGAGUAAUAAAGAUGC